AGCAAUUUCAUUUAAACCUAAUUUUGGAUUUCGCGUCUUUUUCAUUUCUGUUUCUCAGCUGUCACCGGCGCUCUUUCCUUUUCCUUCUUCGUCUAUCUUCUAAACCUAGCUUUCUCUUUCUCUCUAGGGUUUUUCUUUCUGGUUUUUUUUUUUUGUUCUUUCACUUAAUCUUGUUCUUUACCUGUAUUUCUCUUUCUGCUACUCUCUUCCUUCCUCUUAGUGGUGGAUCUCAAAUUACAAUGGAGUACGGCGGCGGUCGCAAGAGAGGCAGGCCUGAGGCUGCUCUGAAUGGCAAUGGUGGCCCUAAGAAAACCAAACAAGAAAUGGAGUCCUUUCCAACUGCUAUAGGAAGCAAAUUGAAGCCAUGUACAAAGUUUUUCAGUACUUCUGGGUGCCCAUUUGGUGAGGGAUGCCAUUUCUUGCAUUAUGUUCCUGGUGGCUACAAAGCUGCGUCUCAGAUGCUUAACCUUGGUGGCAAACAGUCUCUUCCACCACCAUCUAGAAAUGCACGAGUCCCACCAUCUUUUCCGGAUGGUUCAUCUCCUCCAGCUAUGAAGACCCGUUUGUGCAAUAAAUACAAUACAGCUGAAGCUUGUAAGUUUGGGGAUAAAUGCCAUUUUGCCCAUGGUGAGUGGGAGCUUGGGAAACCUACUGGGCCAUCCGUUGAAGAUCCUCGUUCAAUUGGUCCAGUUUCAGGUAGGAUGGGCCGUCAAAUCUAUCCUCCACAUCAGGGUUUUGGUGCUGCUUCCAGCUUUGGGGCCUCUGCCACUGCUAAGAUCAGUGUUGAUGCUUCACUUUCUGGAGCCGUCAUUGGGAAAAAUGGUGUAAACUCAAAGAAAAUUUGUCGCCUUACAGGGGCCAAACUUUCCAUAAGGGAGCAUGAGACUGACCCCAAUUUAAGGAAUAUUGAGUUUGAGGGUACAUUUAAUCAAAUCAAUCAAGCAACUGCCAUGGUUCGUGAGCUUAUUGGGAAUGUCAGUCACGCAUCUGGUCCUCCAAUGAGGAACCACGCUAUACAUUCUUCUGGCCCAGCAAACAACUUCAAAACUAAGCUGUGUGAGAACUAUGCUAAAGGAAGUUGCAGUUUUGGGGAUAGGUGCCGCUUUGCGCAUGGAGCUGAGGAAUUGCAAAAGUAAGGGAUAUGAACCUUCUCUCUCUCUCUCUCUCUCUCUCUCUCUCUUAUAAAAAAAUGUUUUCUUCUUUAGGACACAUUCUUGUCGUAGCCUGUGGAUAUUUGAGGGGUCUGCCAAAUAUUUUUGUAUGCAAAGAUUACACAGAUAACAAUCUGUAAGAGCUUUUGAGUUAUUUUCUAUUGUGUAAAAGUUUAAGGAUUUGGGCUAUUUGUGAUUUGGCUUGAAAA